ACCCACGCUCAGAGAUAGCUGCUCACCCACAUACACACGGACAGAGAAGAGGCAGGCUCACCAGAGUCACUACUAUCCCACACACACAGAUGCGUUCGGUGAAGUUUCAACAUGGAAUGCAAGUAUCUGACCUACCAUGGGCUGCUGCUUCCAACAAUAUCUCACUCUGAAGACAGUCUGGAAUAUUUUGAGAAAUUUCAGGUCAAAGAUGAUGAUGUGUUCGCCAUCACUUACCCAAAGUCAGGCACCACGUGGAUGCAGGAGAUUCUGCCUCUGAUCCUUAAUGGAGGGGACUUUACCCCGGUGAAGACAAUCCCAAACUGGGACCGAGUUCCUUGGCUGGAGGAAACACGAGCUGCUCUAGUCAUGGAUAAAAUGACCCAGCCAAGACUGAUGGUGUCACACAUGCCUUAUGAGUUAAUGCCUCCCUCAUUCUUCUCUUCUAAAGCCAAGGUCAUAUAUGUGGCACGCAACCCUAAAGAUGUUGUGGUCUCAUCUUUCUUUUUCCAUCAAAUGGCCAGUUGCCUUGGUGAUCCUGGGUUGUUCGAAGAGUUUCUGGAUAAGUUUCUCGCAGGGAAAGUGAUGUUUGGAAAGUGGACAAACCACGUUAGGAGCUGGAGACUCACAGAUCUGGGAGACAGAAUUCUAUAUGUCACCUAUGAAGAUAUGAUUGAGGACCUAAAAGGAGUUGUUAGGCGCUUUUCUGACUUCCUUGGUCAAAAGAUGAGCGAGGAGACUCUGGAACAGGUGGUCAGUCAUUGCAGUUUCAACACUAUGAAGACCAAUGCCAUGUCCAACUACUCACUGGUGCCACAAGAGCUGAUGGAUAGCAAGAAGUCAGCUUUCCUUCGUAAAGGCAUUUCAGGGGACUGGAAAAACCAUUUCAGCCCUGAGCAGGAAGAGAAAUUCUCAGCUGCCAUUAAAGACGAGAUGAGGGGAAGUAACAUUCAGUUUCCCUGGGAUGAAGACCAACCUGUAGCUGUAUGACAAGGUCUCAAGGAAACUCAUUCCCAGUCAUUCUCUCAUUUUAAUUACUAAGAGUAAUUAAAAGUACAUUAUUAAGAGUACAUAUUCUUCCACUCUGGUCACGAUUCAUGGCACAGUGUGUGUAAAUGUUACUUGGUAAAGAUUGUAUGAAAGACAAA